AUGUCCAUAACUGCCGCACCUCUUUAUAACAUCUCAGAGGCAACUGAAGACUAUUAUGACUUUUACUGGAAACGGAAACAGAUUACACUUCCACCAAAUAUAUAUGGAGCCAUGCGAAUUUUCUCCAUCAUCUGUCACAGCAUUACCUGCAUUGUUGGGAUUAUUGGAAAUGGCUUUGUCAUCUGGAUUGCUGGCUUUAAGAUGAGCUCAAUAAGUGCCAAGUGGUACCUUAACCUGGCAAUAACAGACUUUAUAUGCAGUGCCAGUACUGUUGUACGUAUUGCACAGUGGAUUCAGCGAGGUUAUUUCUACCUGUGCUCUUAUAGUUUUGCUCUGCUUGUUGCAAACAUGCUCACCAGUGUCUAUUUCUUAACUGCCAUAAGUAUUGAUCGCUGUAUAACAAUAAUGUGGCCUUUUUGGGCAAAAAGUCACAGGACAAAAAGAUCAGCAACCACUGGUAUUGUUUUUAUUUGGAUUGUAUCUCUGCUCUUCUCUGUCUCAACUUUUUACUUUAUAUUUGGAUUUCAUGAUUUGAUGACGUGCGUUCCUAAAGAAGUGGGUUAUUAUAAUGUCUACAAUAUUUCUGAGGAGCAGAAGUUUGAAGCUCUAAAGCAUCCUGUUCCUCUUACUAUAUUUGUUGUUAUGUUUUUGUUACCAUUUACUAUUAUCCUCCUCUGUUAUGGCUUCAUCAUGUGCAAAGUGGCCACUUUGAGAAGUGCCAACAAAUCUCAACGGUCGCUGAAGAUCAUCUUUGCAAUUGUCACCUGCUUCUUUGGCUGCUGGUUCCCAUAUAACCUAUGGCAAUUUUUCUCAAUCAGAACAGACGAAGAUGACAUUGGUGCCGACUUGAUAAUAAGUUCAAUUUCAGUCUGUUUGGUUUAUACCAGCAGCUGCCUCAAUCCCAUCCUCUAUGUCUUCCUGGGCAGAGACUUUAAGAGUAAUUUGAUAAAGUCCAUACCAGCCAUACUAAAAAAUGUAUUUAAUGAUCCUGAGGACAGGACAAACAGGGAACAGGUGCUACCGCUGAACUAA